AUGCUGAUUGAGAGGCAUGGUUUAGAGGUAUACACCGUUUCUGCUUUUUAUGAUUUUCAAGAUGAAGUUUAUAGUGAUUUUUAUUCCUGUGGUGUGGAUGAAUUGAGGAAGGAAAAUGAAGUGAAUAUAGCAGUAGUUAUUGAGGCUAAUAGGAGAAGAAAAUUUAAGGUUUUAUUUGAGUUUGUUAAUUAUGAAACUACAUGCUCAUGUAAAAAGUUCUAUAGGAUAGGAAUCCCAUUUAGACAUAUGAUAUGGAUGUGGAAAGCAAAGAAUUUAAAAAUCUUUCCAAAGCAAUAUAUCUUAGAUCGGUGGAUAAUAACUGCUACUCAGAAACCAAUGUUAGAGAAAAGUUGUAAAAAUAUGGAUGAUAGGAGGGUGGUAUUGAAUGAAAUGUGGUCUGAGAUACAUUCUUGUGUGAGUUGGGUAAAAGGUCAUGAGCAAGAUUUUAUUAAGAAUAUUCAAGAUCUUAAAAUAAAAUUCAAGGCAUAA